AUGCAGUUGACUCGUCCCGGGUUGCUGGCAAAAUCUACAGUCUCAACAGUUGUACAAAAUGCAUCAUGCAGUCGAGGUUGGUUGCGGCUGGUGGUUCAGACCAUUUUUGCGACUAUCACGGUGGCCAGUUUUAUUCUAAUACUUUUAAUGGCAGUUCCAACAUGGCCAUCCCAAUCGCUGCCACCACCGCCGCCACCGCCCACCAUUGCGGCACGAUGCCGUAUCGACGGUUGCAGAAUUUUUUGUCUAGACACACCUUACUUUGGACAAUAUGAAGACCACAUCAUUCGAGCUGUAAUGACCGUGGAAGAGAAUAAUUGUGUACUCAUAUUUUUAACUCUGGAUUCUCCAAUGUUUAUUGACAACACAAUGCCACCAAAAUGGCUGGACAGGCUGCGAACCAACCACAUUCAUGAAUUGACAAUAACGAAUGGAAAUCUGGAGCAUAUCCCAUCAGAUGCCUUUAUGAGUCAAUGUUGUACCAAUAUUCGAGUGUUGGAAUUCAAGAACCUGAUGUUGAAAUCUUGGACACCAGAUAGUUUCGUAGGCCUUUCCAAUUUACAACAACUUUAUAUAAAUAACAUUGGCCUUAAUGAAAUACCAAGGGAUGCUUUAAGAGCACUGCAUGACACAUUGGUGAGCCUUUCAAUAACUAGAAGUAGGUACUGGGAUCCGCGAAACAUUACAGGUGUAACAAUAUUCACUCGACUGGAAUCUGUUGAUUUAUCCACAAAUAAUUUUAAAGACGUAUUGGAUAGAAAUAGCUUUAUUGGUCUCAAAAAAUGUAAACUUCUAUAUCUUAACUCAUGUGGAAUAACUUCGAUCGGGGCAGGCACCUUUGAUAGUUUAGUUAACAUUGAAAUGAUAUACCUGCACAAUAAUCAACUGACAACACUACCACCGGGUCUGCUCAGCAAUCUUAUAGCAAUUUCCGAUCCUCGGCCUAGAAUUAAUUUACAAUACAAUUUGUGGAAAUGUGACUGUUCGGCAGAAGAAAUAAGAAGACUAUCAAGACAAGACGUACUGCUCACUGUUCCGGUUUGUGACAGCCCGGAACAUUUUCAAAAUAAAACUUUUAGUGAACUUGAUGCAUAUUGUUCUGGUAAUAAUCAUGACUUGGCAUAUGGAACCGUUAUAAAAGAGGCAUCAAAUGAAGUAAGUAGGUGGUGGGAACAUGUUGACGAUAUAUGUGGGUUCUUUUAUGUGAGCCAGAGGUGCUUUCACAAUCGUCCUUCGAGUUCCGGCUUGAGGAUGUUGUCACCAGUGCAUGGACACCGCUGCCUCUCUAAUGAUACAGAAAGUAUAGAUAUCAUUCCUUCGUUUCUGGAUAAAAAUAGUACACAAUUAAUGCCUGAGAGGUCGUGGAUAAAGAUGAACUAUUUCAUAAAAACUCAUCAGUAUUCCGUUGUCGAAAUAAACGCAACGGAUAUGGUAGACUAUGGGCUCGUGUGGUACCAAACCAACUGCCCACAUGAGUUGUACUGCAUUAGUGAUGUGCCAUCAGUAUUCAGAAUUUAUAAUAUCGAGAUAAAAGCUGAAUAUGUUUUCUGUCCGAUAAAAUUAAGCACAGGGAAGGUUGAACCAGAAAACUGUGUUAUUUACCAUAAUAACAAUGUUUUCGACUUUGAAAAAGGCUACUAUCAGAUUGAAAUUUUACUUUAUAUCGUGACUGGAAUGGUGUGUUUGAUCUUUGGAGCUCUUUGUGUUUACGCAGUGAUUAGAAAGCACCCACAUCUUCUAAAGGGAAGUAAGAGAAUAUUGUUUGUGAAACAUAAAUCUGUGGAUGCCUUGGUUUUGCCGCCAAAAGUGCCUCUGAGAAAUGAUUUUAGUGCACCACCGGUAAAUGAAAGCUGUAAGAAGAUUUUUGUUGUGCCUGCAAAUCAUGUUAAUAAUAUUCCAAGUAGGUUCAAAAGAAAUAAGUCAAUAAGGAGCAAUAAGAGUAGUGCUCCAAGCUAUAUUUCACCUCUUCAACCGACGGAGGACCAAUUGGCUGAAUGGCGUAUACGUCAUCACUUUAACAAUGAAGUGUCGAUUAAUUCUAUGUCAUCAGAACUAUCCACGUUUUCCUGGGUUUCUGACGAUGAAGGUCUGUACUAUUCUAUCGAUGUGGAUAAUUAUAAGACUUACGAGAGUGUAAAAUAGUUUAAUUAUGACUGUUACGAACAGGAAGUGUUAUUCCAUUUGUCAUAUGAAAUGUCAGGUAUCAUUUGUCAUAAAUGUACGCAACAUAUAGGAAUGUUAUUUUUAAAGCUAUCAGUUAC